AUGGCUGAGCAACUGGUAAAGCAGACUUUCCCGAAGCAUCUCCUCAAGAGAGUAUGUGUGGCGCAAUCAAGCACCGUCAAACAUUCACAUUUCUAUCCAAACGAAAUGCAAAAUGUUUCCUACAGAUUGAUUUAUUUCGAUUUACGCUAUCUGGCCGAAUGUGCUCGACAGAUUUUUCGCUAUAAAGGAGUUGAAUUCGAAGACGUUCGCGUUCGACGUGAAGAUUGGCCAGCGCUUAAAACAAGCAAGUAUUCAAUAAUUUUACGUAAAACGGUUUUACAAAUGAAUCAUCAAAUUUCGUGUGUUAGUUUUCCAGAAACACCGUUCGGGAAGCUGCCAAUACUAGAAGUGAAUGGAGAAGUGAUAUCACAAAGUUAUGCGAUCAAUCGCUUUUUGGCCCAUCAAUUCGGCUUGGCCGGGACGUCUCCGUUUGAGGAAGCGCUCGUUGAUUCGGUUGCUGAUGCGCAUAAGGACUUCCUGGAGUUGAGCAGAGACUAUUUCCGACUGAUGAUCGGAAUUGACAAGGGCGACAGGGUAGUGCUGAAUUUCUUUGCCUUUAUCAGUCCUACUUUAUGUCAGUGGUUCUCACAUCUCCUUUUGAUGAUCUGGCAGACCACCGUUAAUCCCCUUCCCCCCCCCCUGAUACAAGAACAUCAUGAUGGUAUUCAGCAUGGCUCUAGACCUUCGCUGAGAUCGUUGCGUUCCUCAUUAUUGCAUUCGGUUAUGAUUGCAUGA